AUGAUUGAAAUCAAUCUCAUCACUGGCAAUGCUAAUAAGAUAGCCGAUAUCAAGGCUAUUCUCGCUCCAGCUGGAAUUACCGUUCGCAAUCAAUCUCUCGAUCUACCUGAGAUACAAGGGUCGAUCGAAGAAAUCACAAUCGCAAAAUGUCGCAAAGCCGCAGAAAUGGUCGGCGGUCCGGUUGUCGUGGAUGAUACAGCGCUCUGCUUCAAUGCGAUGAACGGCAUGCCAGGACCUUACAUAAAAUUCUUCCUCGAGGCCUUAGGACCCAGAAAGCUACAUCUCUUACUCGCUGGCUUCUCAGACAAGACCGCUCAAGCUAUCGCGACAAUUGGGUAUUGCCGAGGCCCGGGACAUGAACCCAUCCUUUUUCAAGGACGGAUUGACGGGACAAUUGUACCUGCAAGAGGAAUAGUGCGAUACGGGUGGCAAACGUGCUUUCAACCUGAAGAGAUACACCUCACUUUGGCGGAAAUGCCAGAUGAAGAGAAGCAUAAGAUAUCGCAUCUUGGGAUAGCUUUGCAAAAGUUUACUUCUUGGCUGAAGCAGAAGGGGCAUCAAGAUUCUGGUGAUAACUUGAAAUGCCAAGCUUGA